UCUACCCUCCAUACACUGGUUACGUUACAUCAGUUAAAGUUUAAAGUUAAAGCAUUAAGUGUCGCACCCCCUAAUCUCAGAGUUCUGAGCUAUAAGUUACAAAGCGAAAAUAAAAGUUUCGAAAACACAGUGAUUUAUUUAACACAAUCGAAGGCAAAAGAAAAAGAAAAACAUAUUCAACAAAAUUUCAAAUUAAAAAUAUUAUCAAACUAUAACAGAUACUGGUACGUGGCACCCCUGGGCCGUUAGCUAACCAAGAAAAAAAAAUUUUUAGUCACAGCCGAAAACCACGUGUAGUUUUUUUUUUUUAUAUUUAAUAAAAUUUAAUUGAAAAUACUGAGUGUACUAAAUUUAACGCCGGGUAGUAAAAGGAGAAAUAAAAUCAUCUUGUUAUUACAAAAAUUAAGAUUGACACGAUGGCUGAAGUCCAGAACAAAAAUAAACGCUUAGGAUAUGAUCAAGUGCGAGAUAAAAUACUUGCGAGUGAGAUGGACGUAAAUAUUCAAUACCCAGGAAUCUCCGAUUUUGACCCUCCAAUUCUUGAAGUCGCGAUUAAUAAACAAGACACUGAAUUAAUCGACUACCUUCUCCAGCACAACGUGGACGUGAAUAGAAUCGUAGAAUUUCGUAAGCAAGCAAUUCAUUUAGCAGUCGAAUCUGACGACAUUGAGUUGGCUCAAAAAUUACUAAACGCAGGCGCUAUUUGUCUUCAAGUAAAAGGACGUUACGAUGAAGAUUUCAAUGCUUAUAGCCUGGUAAAACUAGCUCAUAGAAGAAAGAACAAAGAAAUGGUCAACUUGUUAUUAGAAAGACUCGUAGUAUAUGUCAAUAAGUAUGACAGAAGGUCUGGUUUUUGGAGUGAAAGUGAUUAUCCUAAAUUAUUAGGUGAUAUGGAUCUGCGCGCGUCAAUGUUAAGUGCUAUUAAGCAAAACAAGAUAGAAUUAUUGAAAAAAUUGAUGUAUCAUUAUCGUUCUUCUUCUAAAAAUUUACUCGUAAAAACUACUGGUCAUAUUAGUUAUGAAAUUGCUGAGUUUUUGAUUGAUAAUGGCGCUUAUUCUAUUCAAGAUUUGAGGAGAGCUUUAAAUAGAGCUAUUGAAUGUGAAAAUAUACCGACAGUUAAAUUAUUGAUAAGAAAAGGAGCUGAUGCAAAUCUAAGUGAUAGGGGCGUAAAAGGACCUCUUGAAAUUGCUUUUGAUAAGAAGAAUGUUGAAAUGAUUGAGAUAUUAAUUGCUGCUGGCUUUGAUGCGACCAAAACAUUCGAUAUUGAUAACUCACUUCAUAUUGCAAUUAUUCAAAAUAAUUACGAAAAAAUAAAAAACUUCAUUGAGAAUCGAGUUGAUAUUAAUGACACUUCAUACUUUAAAAAAACGCCAUUAACUUUAGCCGUUGAAGAAAAUAAUAAACUAGUGAUUGAAUUAUUACUUAAAAACGGCGCUAAACCUGAACAAGCAACGAUUUUGGCGGCCAUUAAAAAUAAUAAUUUAGACGUGGUUAAAAUAUUAAUCGAUUCAGGUGCUUAUAUUUCUCUGACCACUUUGCUAAAAGUAAUGGAGAAAGUUAUUUAUGAAAAUGAACCUGAAAGAUAUAUAUUUCGAGGCCUGACUGAAGAUUCGGGGCCAUUACGAUUGUCCACUUCUAGAAAAUACGAAGAAUUCAUCAAGUUAUUGAUCAAGAAUGGCGUGGAUGUGAACUAUCAGUACAGCUUUAAGGGCUCACCUUUAGAUAUUGCUUGUAAACAUAAUGAUCUUGAAUUAGUAAAAAUAUUAGUAGAAGCUGGUGCCAAUGUUCAUAUAUCAUUAAAUGAAUAUUACCCAAUAAAAUCAGCUGUUGAACAUAACAAUUACCAAUUGGCUGAGUAUUUAGUCAAUCAUUGCACUGCUGCUAACAUUCCUUGCGACUAUUCAGAGGCAUUAAUAUGCGCUGUUGAAUGGGACCGUAAAGAAAUAGUGGAAUUACUGAUUAAAAAUGGUGCCAAUAUUAAUUACAUGCCAUUAUAUACCUCUUCUGCUCUCAUCCACAGUAUUAAAAACUGCACACCUGAAAUAACGGAAAUGUUAGUGAAAGCUGGUGCCAAUGUAAAUAUGAAUUUGAGAAAUAAUACGGCGUUGAUUGAAGCUAUCAAAGUGCCGGACUACAAAAUGAUUCCAUAUUUGAUAGAAAAUGGCGCAGAUGUAGAUGUCAGUAUUAAUAAGAUUGGGUCAUUAUUAAAUUGGUAUUUUCGUUCAUCUAAAUCAGCAGUUAUUAGUCUCGCGCUCGAUGUUGGUGCUGAUGUUAAUGUCGUUGACGAAAAUGACAAGACGGCAAUCGAUUUUUUCUCAAAUACUGAAAACUUCCAGACAUUAAUCGAACAUACUAUUAAAUUAAAAGCUGCUAAUUUAUAUCUGAUAGAUAAAAAUCUAGAUGCUGUCGAAGGUAAUCAGUUUAACGAUUUUUAUUCCAAGUGCUUGGAUGAAGUUGAAUUUAUGAAGACACAAUGGUAUUUUGGAAAAAGUAGUUUCUAUGAUAUUUUACACUCGUGUGUGAAUAAAAUAUCUCGAAAUGUUAAAUUCAUCAGUAAAGAUGACAUUAUUUUUGAUAAAAAUGCAUUAUGUAGUAAAUUUAAACUAUAUGGUGGAAUUAUUUACUAUCGUGUAUUAAAAGCUAAGCACCGUAAGGAGUAUUUGGUUCGUGCUGACAAAAUAAUAUCUCAUUUAUUUGGUAAUUUACUACCAUAUACUCUUAGACAAGAUGUUUUAAGCUGUUUGAAUAAUGAGGAUCUUUAUAAAAUUUUAAUAAAUCAAAAUUAAUAAUUAAGGUUAAAAAUAAAAUUUAUCAGUACCAAUUAUAUGUCAUAUUUUGAAUUUUUUAUUAUUAUUAUUGUACUA